AUGAGCCACGAUUCUUUAGAACGAGCGUUGGCGGAUUUUGAAAUGCUAAUAGCCGCUUAUCCCGAUGAAAUUCGUAGUUUCACCCAAGAUAAUACUGCCGCGUUUCCGCUGCGCAUUGCGCUGCAGCUAUCUCCUACAGCACAUUGUGACCUUCAAAUCUCAGAGGGAUAUCCCGUUGAAUCCAAUUUACAAGUCACUUCUUAUCGAUCUAAUCCGGAGGAAAAAGGUCGCAUGGAGGCCGUCUUGUCAGCAAUACGAGGGACAUCCGAAGAGUGCCUCGAAAACCAAGUUGAAGGCGCAUUUGCUUGCUGUGCGGCUGGGUUAGAGGCUUGGAAGCACACCAAAGAAGGUCAUAGAGUCUUGGAGGGCGUCAGCAGUUUGAACAUAGCUAGAAAUCAAACAGCCGAAGCGAGGACGCUUUUUCGAUGGAUCAUCGGAGAACCUCUGAUAGAUCGCAAGUCGACCUUUCUCGCUCAUGCUUGUCGAGUCACAUCUGAAGCUGAUGUGCGGCAAGCCUUGCACCAGUUGUUGGAUGGAAAUUCCAAGCUCCAGCGGUCGUCUCACAAUAUGUUUGCGUAUCGUCUUACCGAAACUAUUUCAGACGGAACAAGAGUCUCCAAGCACGACAACGAUGAUGACGGCGAAUAUGGAGCCGGCUCCAAGCUAGCGCAUCUGCUACAAGUGCGUGACGAAAAAGACGUGGUGGUUUUGGUUGCUAGGUGGUUUGGAGGUGUUCAUCUGGGACCAAAACGCUUUGCGCACAUUUCGAAUGCAGCUCGUGAUCUGCUUGAAACCUGUCACAAAACCGAAUGGAAAUAUGGCGUCUACCUUGCAUUGUUGGGAAAUGCCUUUGUCGUUCCCUGUCUUGAUAGUGUAAUGGAUCAACGCGACGCCUGUAUCAAUACCACGGAUAGCAGCGCAAUGGCAGUGCACGAACUGUCACUGGCAAUGGAAGGGGGCUGCGAAGUCCUUGGCGGACGCUAA